AUGCUAAGACUUCUGGCACUCGAGAGGGCAACUGCAACCUUACAAAGCGAUCCUGGCCCUGCAACCGAUGGCGGUCCCUUUCAUGAUACAGUAGCCCAGGCUGCAACACAGAGAGAGAGCACCGACGCGACCAACGCUGGUCUUUACGGCCGCCAAUCUAGCAAUACAGGGGGCUCCCGACAACCGACAACUGCUCUUAAAGACGGCUUGACACAGCAAACUUCGGAGGGCGCGAGAUUCUUGCAGAGAGAACUGGAGUCGAAUGUAAUGAUGGGUCAAGACAGGUCUGUUGUUUUGAGACGUGCAAUCGAUUUCGUCAGUCGUAUCUCCAAUUCGGGUGAUCUGUCUUCUGUGACCAGCACAUUCAAGUCUGGCACAACAGGCAGUGAUGCUGAACCGCAUAAGUUUCCUCCGGAACUACUGUACAUGAUGACAAUAACCCCGGAUCCCGAGCCAGGUGUCAUGAAACGGUCGUUCUGGCCAGACCACAUUUCUCUCGAGACUUUAGAAAAUAUGUGUCUGUCUAUCAUGGAGGAGAAAGAAGAUCGACAGACCCUAAUCUGCUAUCGGAUCUGUGUCUAUAUGAAAGCUGUCACCCUGAUCAGCCGCCUGCCCAGAAGAGAUCGAAGUGCUCUGGUCCGCCGUCAUCUCGAACAAAGCAAGAGACAGUACGAAGACGAGAUACACCGUGCGCUGAGCGAGUUGGAUUUUCUGAGGCCCCCAAGUUUAUCUUUCCUACAGGCCCUUUUAUCGGGGGCCCUCUUCAUGCAAAAUCAAGGUGACAUGUCCCGAAGCUGGACAUUAACAGCAUUCGCCUCGAGGACCUUGGUCUCUCUAAAUUACCAUACGAUCGACAAGUGCGUACCGUCAGAGGGAGAUAUGCAGGAUAUCUAUGGAGCUCUCUACAUAUGUUACUAUCUUGACAAAAUUCUGAGUGUCCUCCUGCUCCGUCCUCCUUCGCUUCCAAGACUGAAGAUAAAGCCAGCAGACUUGGUCCGCCUGGAUCCUCGGCUUCCUCUUAGUGCUUGCGUCAAGGUUAUGGUUUGUCUUGGUCAGAUUCAGGAUGGAGUCCUUGAUGUACUCUUCAUCCAAAAUGAGAAGAAUGAUAAGGUCAUUACAGUCAAUGCACUGGUCCAGGAAAUGUAUCAUCUGCGCACAUUGAUGGAUGAGGUGAGAAACCCAAACCCGGAACGAGAAUCAGCUGACAAACAGCCCUCCCAGCCACAAUGUCAGAAGCUUGCAGAAGAAACAUACUUUGAAUGGGCAGCUAUUGAAUUCGGCUACUAUGCUCUUCUGGCCAGUGUUUUCCACCUGCAACAGCGCGUUGUGCAAGGCCCGUUAUCUCGACAAGAAUGUCUCCACGCUGCGCGGCAGUCGCUGGUCCAGCUCACCAAGCUGCAGGACGAAAUCGCCAUAGAUAAGAAUUUCCUGGACGAGUAUCCCUACUUCCUCACAUGGCAAGUCUUCCCCCCAUACAUAGCAGUGUCCUGCGGUGUUGAUUGCAUAUUAUCUGACUAUAUCGCCUAG